UCGUAGCUGAAAGCACACAGCCUCACUAGCCAGCCCUGUGUUUGGUCCUUCGCAGGGCUGCCUGGCAGACACCUGAAAGCUGGCUCGGUAGUCCGUUGCUACCAAAAGCACAGCACAGAACUGCAGCCAGCAUGCACUGCUACAUUAUAGGAGUUCAGAUCUGCCGUCCUGCCUGGCUGCGUGGCCAGCCUGCUGUGCUCGCUGCUCCUCAUCGUCCCAGUUGCUACAGCAGCUUCAUUAGAUAAAUUGACAUGAUGUGGACCAACAAGUCCAGUGAGGUGGCUCAACAGAAUCCAAAGCAUAACCAAGCCAAGGAUUCAACCAGAGAUCCAACUGCAGCAUGGGCUACUCUUUCUCAGACUAAGGCUGCUCUGCGGCAUAUAGAGAACAAAUUGGAAAUAGUUCCCACCAGCACAGCUGUGUUUGAUUCUGUCAUGGAUACUAAGAAGCCCUCUGCUAGUACAAGCAGGAAAAUAAACAGGAAAGGUAUGUAUUAUUUAGGGCAUAGCAUGCAAUCUUCCCGGUCUUCCAGCCAAACUAAAUCAGGCAAGGAGAAGUCCUCACGCAGUCCUCUCCGAGCAACAACCCUUGAAAGCAAUGUGAAAAGCAACCGGGUGGAAUUUCGUGAACCGUUGGCUUCAUACAGGGAUACAUUGAGUUCUCUGCCGCAUCACGGUUCUGGCCAAGUGGAAGCCAAGCAACUUCUGUCUUGUUUGGACUUCUGUGAAGCAGAAGGGAAGGCUGAAGUAAUGGGCCGUGUGAUACAUGACAGAGAUGAACGGGAUCUCCACAGAAGAGAUUUUGAAAGUCCAUGUUCUUCUGCUGCAGAUGAGACUGUUGUUAGGUACUUAAAUGAUGGACCAGCAAUCGAUGCCUUGCAAAAUAACGAGGCAUUUCUUAAAGCUGCAACACCUCCAAGGUUGGAAGAGGAAAAAACUAGCAGCUCCAGAGGAGAUGAGGGUAACAUUAAAGCUCCUCUGAGUAACACGUCCCAGGACGGUGAUCUGAAAGUGUCUUUCCCUUCUGCCACGAGUACUAGUGCUCACAGGCUGGAAAUCUUGAAACGGCGGCAGCACGAUGCUAAGCUGGAGAAGCUGAAGGAGCGGAUUCGUAAGCAGUGGGAGCAUUCUGAAGAGCUGGGUGGCAGAGGGCAACACUCAGGAUUUGCUGAACAGCCUGUAGUGGUCACAAAUGUGGAGAAUACUGUUACUGCCAAAGUCAGGAAAGUGACAGCUGCACCUGCUGCUCCAGCGUACAAAGGUUUUAAUCCUGCUCAAGCUAAGAUUCGUGCUCCAGAUGGAAAGAUCUGGCAUGAACAAGGAUUUCACAUUGGUCGGGAGCUGUAUAGAGACAUAGCACUCCAGUUGACAGAGAAUUCAACAGUGAAAGAAAAACCUACUGAGAGAAACAAAGAGAGAAAAGCAUCCAGACCAGUGCGGAAAGUUCAGAAACUGCCACAGUCAUCAAAUCCAGAUUCCAAACAAGGUGGAAACUAUGUAAUAAGUGCAUCCUCCUGGCGGGAGGGACAGAAGCUAGUCAAAAAGCUACUGGGUCCAGCUCCCAGACUAGACCACGACAGAAGAGCUGUAUCUAGUGACAGAACGGGGCGAGAGCGAACUGCCAAGCCUGGUCGUAUUGGAAGGACGGGUUCAGAUUCUAGACUGGUUGUUACACAGAAAGCCUCUUCAAGAAGUUCUGAGCGGUCAAGGAGUAAAGUACGAUCUGAGAAUAAUCUGAAGAAACUGGAAUCUGCUCUUCCAGGUGAUAACCAAGAUGAUCACGCCUCUGUAAAUAAGGACUUCCUGCCCUUGGAGAUACGUGGAAUUCUUGAUGACUUGCAGUUGGAUUCCGUACUUCCAAAGCAGGAAAAAAAUGUGGAAAAGCAGAAUCCGAAGUCUGUUUUGCCUACUCAAAAUACCAGGAGUCAUAGUCCAACCAAAAGGAAACCAGACAAGGUAGCUGCCAGUGAGGAGCCUCAAGUGAUCUCUAAGAAACGUCACUAUGAUACGGAUGAGGUUCGUCAGUACAUCAUCAGGCAGCAAGAGGAGAGGAAGAAGAAACAGAACGAGGAGAAGAAAGCACAAAAAGAGGCAACGGAGCAGAAGAACAAAAGGCUCCAAGAACUCUAUAGAAAGCAAAAGGAGGCUUUUAAAAAAGUCAAGAGCGUGCCUCCUCCUGAACCUCUGGCAGCUAAACGGUUACAAGAAACUUACUCUAAACUGUUGCUGGAACAUACAUUUUUAAAAGAGCCCUCUCAGCAGCCUACAGUGCAGGAAACGCAGCCCAGACCUGGUUAUCAGCCAUCUGGAGAAUCUGACAAAGAAAACAAGGCUCAAGAGCGUCCUCCUAGUGCAUCUUCAAGUAGUGACAUGUCGCUGUCAGAACCACAGCAGCAGCAGCCACUACUGAGAAGUGACUUCGUGGAACCUUCAUGGGUACAGCCAGACCGGUUGAGCCCAAGAGUCCAGCUCUCUCAUCCACAAACCCUCAUGGACUUAAGUGGAGGCCCUUGCUCACAACCUCGCAGUCUGGAGCAGAUGGGACUUUUGUCAAAGGAGUGUGAUGCAGCACUAGCAGGCAGGAAGAGCCACGCUGCACCCAUGGGUUUGCUGAGCCUCAUGCAUCAGCCGUACGUGAAUUCAACUGCUGCACAGCAAAGUCUCUUAGGAAAACCCUCUGCUAACCAGUAUAAGAGUAAAUUAGAACGGAUUGAAGCUUUAAAAGCUACAGCUGCUUCCCUUUCUAGCAGAAUUGAAAAUGAAGCCAAGAAGUUGGCUGGGGCUGGUCUCAAUUAUGGUACCAUUUGGAAAUUGGACCAUGAAUUUGUGCAAGAAAACCAGGAUGACAGACGGUGGGCAAAGGCCGUGAGUCCUCCUGUGAGGGAGGAAAAUGAAGAUGCUUUUUCAGCCAGAAUUCAAAAGAUGCUGGGUACCUGUGUGUCUCAUACAGCCUUUGACGACAACCUUCCUGGGGUAGGCAACCUCAGUGAAUUUAAAAAGCUCCCUGAGACAAUCAGGCCUCAUACUGCCGCAGUCAGCCUUGGAAUGAGGUCCCCCACUGGACAUUUGUCUAAGAGACUGACUGACCCCCUGGGACGUGAAAACCAGGCGUAUGGUCAGAGCAAAGUUGUAAUUCCUCGAGAGUCCAGCACUGACUCCAUCAGCGAAGGGCCUCUCCUGAGUGACGGAAGCCUCUCUGAGGAGGAGGGAGGCCAGCACAAACAGCUGCCACUGAAGAUUCUGGAGACAUUGAAAGAGAGGGAUUUCUGUGUUCGGGACAGGAAUGCUUUUGAGCCCAUAAAAGAGUUUCAGAAAGAAGCUGAGAAGUAUCUGCCGAUUCAGUCUCAGACAAGUGGCACUCACAGCAAGGGGUCGUGGGAAGAGCUAGCCAAGGGAAGCCCACACAGUGUCAUCAACAUCUUUGCAAAAAGUUACCACCUUCAUGGCAAGGUGUUUGAUGAAAGACCAAAUGGAGGAUCUUCCCUUCUGCGCCCCUUACUCCCUGCCCUGAGCCCUCCAGAGAGCAUUGGUUCCUAUGAAGACGACUUUGCCUACUCACCAGGAAGCAGCACUUUAACAGACAAAAAGAUUGCACGUGACCUCAGUGUUGCAAGCAGCAGUAAUUCAAGCAUUCAGGAAGAACUUCCUAGUGGGAAGUCUUCCCGUGAAUCUCGAUCUGUCGAACUUGCAUCUCAGCAUUCAUCUGGACCCAGAUCUGCAGCAUCUUCUCACUCAUCUACUUCGUCUAAAAAGAGAGGGAAAAAAGAACGGUUGGAGUCUUUCAAUGGAAGUUCUCACCACAUUCCUGUGGGUGAAGAUAAAAUUCAAUCUGAAUUGGAGUGGGGAUCCCAACAAGCAAAGAAGUCCGUAUCGAGUAGCAGACUUUCUAAUAAAGACUAUGAGCAGAACACAGAUACUGACAACACGAUAGAAAAUUUGUCUGGACACUCCAUGUUGAGUUUCUCAGACAAGGGAAGAUCUCAGAAGACGCCAACUUCUUCCCCAUCUCCAGGUUCCCAAAAAAUUACGCAGUUUGAUUCUGUAGUCAAUACAGCAGAGAGAGCCAAGUCACCUUCUGGCUUAUCUGGAAGCGCAGCAUCAGGGCAGAAGCCUAACCUAGCCUUCUCUGACUUGAGUCUGGGAGCUAGCAGACCUGCAGCAGGAGUAGCCUCAGCAAGUGGAUGUAUGCGAUUCUCCCCUGCUGCUCUUCAGCAUCGUUUGUCAGCAGAAUUGAACUACCUUACUGCCAUUGAAGAGUCUGUGCGUCAGCUUUCAGAUGUGGAACGAAUACGAGGCAUAUCACUGGCCCAGCAGGAGAGCGUUUCUUUGGCUCAGAUUCUAAAGGCACAACAGCAGCGUCAUGAACGGGACAUAACUCUUUUGAAAAUCAAGGCUGAACAGGAAGCUUUAAAAAAUAAGAGACAACUGGAAGAGGCAAGGCAGAAGGCAGCUCAGGCUCAUGCAGAGACACUGCAUCAUCUGGUCCAAUCACGACAGGAGGCCGUAGAAGUGCUUCAGGAGACCAGGUGCAAGGCUGCAGCCAAGCAGGUGGAAACUGCACUUCUCACUACAGAUAUGGGCCACCAGGUCCGUGAGAUGACAGAGCUGGCACGAACCCAGAUCUCAGAUACUGUCAGUGCUCCAGCUGCUCCAGUCACCUCUUUGUUUGACCACCAGCGGCAGCAUCACUCAGAGUUCAUGAAACAACUGAGAGCCCGAUCUGAUACAAACAGGAAAUGUGAGACCGCUGCCAUGUCACAAAGUAAAGAGGCAGGUGACUCAAAACAGACUUACUCACCAGUGUUUGAUAGUUAUUCAGAGUCCUCGAGGUCAAAGGUUCACGAUCGGAGUAGUACCAGCAGUCGCCAAGAGAGUCCUUCUGUUCCAUCUUCUAAAGAGAAUGAGAAAAAACUUCCCCGUCGUGAAAAGAUAACCAGCAGCAUUGAAGAGCAGGCUCAUACUGGUGCGGACGAUUCCUUGCCUAGUGAUAGUAUUUUAUCACUGCCAGAUGAAAAAGAUUCUGCUUCCAUUGCAACCGAGUAUUCCCUGAAAUUUGAUGAGUCUAUGACAGAGGAUGAGAUUGAAGAGAAGUCUUUUCGGUCUUUGCUGCCCUCUGAGAGUCAUCGUAGAAUUAACUUGGAGAAGAAGCGCGGUAAUCGUGAUGAUUCUGAUGAGGAAGUCUCCCCAGAAAAAACUGCUCUGUCAUCUAUCAAGGAGCUAAGCAUGCCUUUCUCAGGAGGGCAAGAUAGUUUCUCUAAAUUUACUAUGGAGAUGGUAAGACAGUACAUGAAGGAGGAGGAAGUGCGAGCAGCUCAUCAGUCCUCGCUACUUCGGCUCCGGGAGAAGGCUCUGAAGGAGAAGACAAAGGCUGAGUUAGCUUGGUUGGAACACCAGAAGAAGCAUUUGCGAGACAAGGGAGAGGAUGAUAAGAUGCCCCCUAUUCGAAAGAGGCAGCGUGGUCUUCUGCUGAGACUACAGCAGGAAAAGGCAGAAAUUAAGCGUCUUCAAGAGGCCAACAAGGCUGCUCGGAAGGAGAGACAGCUAAUCCUUAAACAGCAGGCAGAAAUAGAACGAAUACGUCAGACUACAAUGAAACUGCAGGAAAAAUUGAAAUCUGCAGGAGAAAACAAGCUUGAACUUCACAGUGAGGAUGACAUCAAGCAGAGCAAUGGUUCUAGCCCACUUCCAACUGAUGCAGAAACACGCAGCCCUUCUCCAAUAUCAAUCUCCAGCAGUGAGACUAGUAGCAUCAUGCAGAAACUUAAAAAGAUGCGCAGCAGAAUGGAUGAGAAGUUCCUAACGAAACGAGAACAGAAGCUGAUGCAGCGUCGACAGCAUGCUGAAGAAUUGUUGGAGUGGAAACGCCGCCUGGAUGCAGAGGAAGCAGAAAUACGGCAGAUAGAAAAGCAGGCUUUGGCUGCCUGGGACAAAGAGCUGCUUAAAACCAAAGCAGCCAAGAAAGAACUGGGGGAUCUGAGAGCUGAGCCCAAAGAAACAGCCAGUGAAGAAGAGUCUCCAGUGCCUUCUUGCUCUUGUCUGAACAGUGAAAGCUCAGUCCAAGAAGAGCUUGGCAGUCCAGCUGCAGAAUCCGUCCCGUCAGAGACUAUGGGCCAUGGACAGCCAGAAAGCCCAGAUCAGAGUGCAGUUAAUGAAGAAACUAUUUAUUCUGAAGACUUCAGGUCUUCUACCUCACCUGGCAAACUUACUCCUCCCAAAAGCAGCAUAUCUGUAUCAAGACAAGAUUCCAGCAAAGGCAGCCAUAGAUCUGGGGGACAGCUCCGUUCUCCUGUGAAGUCUCAUCAAAUAUCUCACAAUUGGUCUGAUGAGUCUUUAUCUAUGACACAGUCAGAAACAACUUCUGAUCAAAGUGAUAUUGAAGGACGGAUCAGAGCCCUGAAGGAUGAACUACGGAAAAGGAAGUCUGUGGUUUACCAGCUGAAAAAGGAACAGAAAAAGAGGCAAAAGGAAAGACUGAAAGCACAGGAGGCCAGUCUGAUCAAACAACUGGAGUCAUAUGAUGAGUUUAUCAAGAAGACUGAAGCAGAGCUGAGCCAAGAUCUGGAGGCAUCCCCUACAGCCAAACCUCAGAUUAAAACUCCAUCUUCUGCUGCUGCUGAAAAACCUAAGAUCAAGGCACCACCACUCCAUAGGCCAGAGACAGCUAAAAACUGGAAAUCACUGACUGAAUCAGAGAGAUCAAGAACAUCUUUGGAAUCCAUUGCAGAGCACGGAGAUGCUGUAUCAUCGAAGACUGAGAGAUCUGUGUCUUUGCACACUAAGAAGGAGGCUGUGACAGAUGUUCACACAGAAGAACCUUCUGGAACAUCUUUGUCAGUUUCAAUGCCACCAAGUAGUUCCAGAGCAGGAUUUGGUGAUUCCUUAGAGAAUGUGUCCUCGUCGUCUCCUCUGAAAGACAUAAAAGACAUAAGCAGGAUAUCCCAUGGGUCAGUAAGCACUGUGGAAAGUGUAUCCAAGGAGGAGGCUGUCCUCAGUCAUAAAUCUGAGAUAUUGGAAAACUUGGAGUACGUAAAAUCAGAGGAAAAUGAGCUUGAAGAUUGUCAUGUUAAGUCUCUGGAGCAUUCAGAUGUCUUGUUAACAUUAGAUAAAGAACAGGAGAGAUCACUGGACAUCCUUCCAGGGGAAAUCCUUAAUUUCAAAAACGAACCUUCUCUAAAGGAACCUUUUUGUUUGACUGUGGAAAGCCUUCGUGGUGGGAAAGAAGUCUUAGAAGAGAGACCGGCAAACAAAGAUGCUGCAACUGUCCCAAGCGUAGAAGAAUCUUCUCACAAACUGAGCAUAUCAGCAGAAGAAAAAGAUAAUCUGCUUUCAGAACAUCUGUGUAGUCAAAAGGAGUCAUCAUACAUUGAAGACUUUGAAGGAUCCUCUUCCAGGAAACAGCCAUCAAUUGAAGAAGCACUUGCUGUGGAAGAAUACAAAGAUGAUUUUGAAGCAUCUCUUCUCUCACCUAAAAGGGACUUUCAGUCAUUGAAAGAGCAGUCCCUGUUCACACAAACCAGCAGAAGCAGAUCCAGCAGCCUUGGCAGUGAUGGUGAAAUCAGUGAAUGCCUCAGUGACAGAUCUCUCUCUCUCUCUGGCAGCGUGCAUUCAGAUAGGUUAUUAGAACUUAAGUCCCCAACAGAACUUACAAAAAAUACUGAGUGCAGAGAUGCGGAGAAAGAUGAAGCCACUGUUCAGUCACCUCCACGGCCCUUUGUUUCAGUGACAGAAGAAAUUGAUAGUUUGCCAAACUUCAGCAUAGGUGAUAGGGUACUUGUAAGUAAAGUCCAACCUGGAACAUUGCAAUUCAAAGGUGUGACUAAGUUUGCCAAAGGGAUUUGGGUUGGUGUGGAGUUGGAUAAGCCUGAAGGGAGUAAUGAUGGAACUUACGAUGGUAUUAAGUAUUUUGAUUGCAAAGAAAAGCACGGUAUUUUUGCUCCUCCCCAAAAAAUCUCUCACAUUACAGAAAGUAUUGAUAGCCAUUUAGAUGCACAUGAGUAUGAAGACUCAUCCUUUGAUGAUAGACUGGAGAAGAAAGAUAAAGAUGAGCAGGAAGACAAAGGAAUUUCCAAAACUAGCAAGGAAGAUGAAAGCCAGAGUACAGAUGCAACAGAGACUUCUUCUCGAGGUAAAGCUGCUGCAGACACAGCUGUUUCAGAAACUUCAGCUGGAAAAAGCAUUGAUGAGGUCUCAUUUUCCAAAGCAAAUGGCAUAAGGAUUUCUGUAGCUGCUGAAUCCUUUGCCCAAGAGCAGUCUGUGGUGGCUUAUCUGAAGCAUGCUGUAACACAGGAGACCAACCUUACUCCUCCCAUUUCUGAUGUCACAGAUAAGAUUUCCAGUGUUCAGCUGGAUGACACCUCAGAUUUCUUUUCUGAAAAACUGGAGAGACAGAAAACACUGGGGGAAGAAUGUUGCGAAAAGUUAAAUGAUCUCUCUCCUGGAGUUGUGGAGAAGCCUGCAACUCCGCUUCUGGAUUUGCUGACAAAAGAAAAGAACCAAUUAGAAGCUCAACUUAAAAUACCAGUUAAAGAGGAAGAAAAAUCCAAAAACCAACUGGAAAAGGUCAGUUUGCUCACAGACAGUCUGCUUAAAGAUUUUGUGAAAGAUACAGUCAACCAGUUACAGCAAAUAAAGAAGAUCAGGAAUGAGAAAAUCCAGCUCAGCAACCAGGAGCUCUGUGAUGCGAAGGAGCAAUGCAGUUCCCCAUUCCAGCAGGUAGAAGAGCAGAUUUCUGAUGGACUGGACAAUUUUUUUCUAAGUUCGGACUUGGAAGAUGACAGAGAAGAACUUUCUUCCCCAGAUAUGUGCCCCAGACCAGAGAGCCCGGUAUUUGGUGCCAGUGGUCAGGAAGAGCUUGCCAAGAGGCUGGCAGAGCUGGAGCUCAAUCGCGAGUUCCUGAGUGUGCUGGGAGAUGAACAAGACUGGUUUGAUGAAGACUAUGGCCUAAGUUCCCGUAAGGUCCAGCAGAAGCAAGCCGAGGAACCAGCGGUGCUGCCCAAGGUAGAACCACAGAAAGUUCCACCAAAGCCAUGUGAGGAGCUUUUGGCAGUCCCUCAUACUGCAGUUGAGGUGGAAAGUUUGGUGCAUGCAGCAGCUGAAGAACUCUGGAAACUGAAAGAGCUGGGUCAUGAUCUUCAAAGUUUCAGCCUUCACACUGACUUUACUAGUACCAUCAAAGAGCAGGACACAGACUCCAUAAACAAGCAGGUCUAUAAAAAGGUGGUAUUUGAUUUAACAAGAGAGAUCUUUGGGGAGAUCUUUGCUGAGGAUCCUAAUCUAAAUCAACCUAUUUGGAUGAAACCAUGUCGGAUUGCGUCUGCUUAUUUUCGCCGAGUGAAGGAUCCAAAUGAUUUGGAUGAGAUCAAGAACUUCAUUGCAGCUGAAGUACUGAAGCUUUUUAGUCUAAAGAAAGAGCCUAAUAACAAAACAGACUGGCAGAAGAUGAUUAAAUUUGGGCGGAAGAAACGAGACAGAGUGGAUCAUAUAUUGGUGCAGGAACUCCACGAGGAGGAAGCCCAGUGGGUGAACUACGAUGAGGAUGAACUGUGUGUAAAGAUGCAGUUGGCAGAUGGGAUCUUUGAGACCUUGAUCAGAGACACUGUUGAGGUACUGAACCAGAUAAAUGCAAAACAGCAGAGAUGGCUGCUUGUCUGAAGUGCCGAAAAUAAACCUCUAGCUGCAAGCACUGAGGCACGGGCCUUUUGACUCAUGAUGUACUCUCCACCCUGCAAGCACUGCUGCUGGACUUCCUCGUGUGGGUUUUAAAGUUGGCUCAGAUGCAACUACAGGAACCUAAAUUUGCAUCCUCUGCCACAAGAGACCUUGCACUGGAUUUGUUGUCUGGGACAAGCUGGUCCCUUGCUGAGGCUGCGUCGUGGAGUGCUCAGACUGUGUGCCAACGCAGUUAGGCCGUGUAACUGUCAGCAGCUGUCUGUGCCCCUUGCCUGGGGCUUUGACUUUCAGCCCGUGCCCUGAAAGGGCUGGGUUAAGUUGGGAUAUUGGUUAUUUUGCUGGAAUGGCUGUCAGCCAUCAGUACGAGAGUUGUCUUAAAACGUGAGUAAUUUGGAGAAGAAAUGAUUUGGUAAAGUUUUAGGUAUAAAUGAUUUACUGUACUGAACAGUGUUAAAACCUUGACACCUCUUCUCCUGCAGCCCUAACAAUGUGCAUCAGUUUCUUCUGCUCCAAAGCCCGGUUAAUUCCCUUUCCUGUGAAGUUGUUUUUCAUCUUUCUUCCUGUGGCGUGGUACCACACGUGGUGCCACUCAGUCCAGGGAAAUCAGCUGAUGUUGCUUUUUGCAUUCGAGUAAAGAGUUCCUUCUGUUUUUCCUAUGUAACAUGCUUCAGUCCAGAGGUGGAGCAGGAUAGAGGCCACCUACUGCCAAACAUGAAAGAAGAGCCCAUGGACAAUUUCCCCCAACCACGUAGCACUUCUUGACUCCCUGGAGCACCAGCUGCUCCUAGAUAACAGAUACUCAGGAUUCUCUCAGGCACGGAACAUGCAGGAGUAGCAAAUGUUUCCUUACAAAAAUUUGGCCUUCACACCCUCAGCUUUCUCCCCUCUGGUCACCUAAUAAAUAGGAGAAGCCAUUACUUGAAGAAUUUAGAGAACAGAGUGUACUCACCAAAGAAAGCAGUGCUUGACUGUCUGCAUGUUUUGUGCUUGUGGGUCUUUUUUUUUUUAAUUUAUUUUUAGGUAAUUUAUUAAGUGGGUUAUAGGAGAGUGUCCUGUGCAGUUGGUUGUGCUUUCUUAUAUUUUGAGACAGACAAAUUUGAGAAAAUGCCUGUUCUGGGAACUUCCAGAGUCUGCAUUCUUUGCUCAAAUCCUCCAGCUUCUUGAGAUGGAUACAAGGAAGAACCAAACCUCAGUGACUAGGGGUGGACAACGAAGGCAGGACUAGGAAUGGAGCUUCUCUGCACCCAGUUCAGAGACAAGGGGAGACUUAAGGGGGCUGAGCUUGAUGUGAAACUUCCCUGCUGCAUCUGUUUCUUUUCUUUCCCAGACCUGCUAUGUCACAGGCAGCCAUUAGUACGUGUUUCAUUCAGUGCUGGGUUGAACUGCAGUGUCUUUCUGCCAAGUUCUUUUUCCUAAUCUGUCCCUCCCACUCUGCUGUUUUUCUUAGAUGGACGCAGACAAUCUGGGGUUGAAUGCUGAUGCCUUAAUAAUGGAUGUCCCUGUUAACUUGGGACGAGAUGCAAGGGAGAGUCAGAUUCUCUGGGCAGCUGGAGUGCAGAGAGAUGCUUUGAAGCACUUUAGGAGGUCCCAUAAAGAUGCUGCUGCCCAUGAUAGGGAUGGUGGGGGGGAGGGAGUACCUUUUUUCUUUGAUCUGCUUGGUCCUUGGGCUUCUGGGCUUUUACUGUGCUGACCCCUGUCCUGCUCUGUUACAUUUUCUCUUUUCCACUUCCUUUUUUGAAAGCUGUCAUUGGAAUAUUUGCAUUUUGCACAACGACACGUGGCUGGUAAUUCUUCAGGGACAGCACUGGGAAGCGUUGGACUUACCAGAGGUCCAAGCAAACUCUCAGAUGUAGUAUUGCCAGCACCUCACUUGCGAGUUAAUGGGGAGCCAUAUUCAUGGAAGCUUAAUAAGUGGAAGAACAAGGAGGAGCUAAUGGCCUAUAGGAACGGCUCCAGCAGGGCACAUCACGUCUGUCCUGCAGCAGUUGCCUUCCUGGCUGGCUGAAAGUCAAAUGGUCUUGGUGGAGCCACAUUCAGCCUUUUUUUCCCUAAGUGACUCACUUGUCCAUCUAAAGUGUCAUGAUGCUGAACUGUGAAAUUCUGGGCUGCUUAAAAUAGAAGCAAACUGAAGCUGCUGCAUUUAACCAGCAUGGUGUCACUGAUUGGGUCACUGCUGCAGAUUCCCUUUCCUGGGUGUAUCUUUUUCAAUAGAGUCCAUUGUUAUUUUUAUAGGUAGCAAUUACGAAGGGAAGGCAGAAACCCACAACACAGCUCUGUGGCUGGAGUGUCAGAGAAAUGCAGCUGGCUUUUGUCCCCUGAGUACCAUGGCCAGUGCUGAGGAGGGUGCCAGGCAUCAGAAGGCUGUCCAGCUGUCCCCUGGGGCUUCUCUGGAAUAUCCAGCAGCAGGAGAAGGUUGUGCAGCUCACCUGCCAGGGACCACUGGAGGUCGUAUGUCUGUUGUCUGACCGCUAUGGAUCAGCAGUAGAUCAGUACCCUCACCAGAAGUAGUGAGUAGCUGUCUUUACAGCUGUUUGGGCAGAAGAGAUCUCUGUAUAAACAAUGGCUUUAUUCCUGUGCAAACGUCACCGUUUCUUUUUGGUAGCCAUCCUUGACAGGAGCAAGCCGAAAAAGACUUGAACAUAGGUAAUUUAUCUUCUCAGUACCUCACGUGUGUUGAGCUUCUUUUCGUUGAGUGUGUGCUCAAUGUGUUGAGUUCCUUUUGGACCGGUGGUGACAGCGACGAAGCGAUGGUCUGUCUGGGUCGUGUCUGAUAACAGGUAUGGGGGAGCCUGGAGUCUUAGGAGCAGGGGCUGAGUUCUGUACGUCUUUCCCUUCCCAACCUUCCUACUUAAAAGAACAAGAUGAUACUGCUGGGUCUCAGCUAUCAUAGCACAGCCACGUUAGGAGCUUCAGGGCUGAGAGGUUCUCCUAUAAGCUCCUGGAGGCAGCGGCUGCUGGCACUGGGGGACGGGGUUCCCUUUUGGAAAGGAUCUCUGUGCCGGGGGGGAAAGCCCAGCUGCCUUUUGGAAGAGGCUUGUUGCUCACAAGGGGGAAUGAGGGAUUGGAAAAUCCCAUCUUGUUCACUUUCCUUUCUUGAAAAAGUGGCCUUAGCUUUUUGCAAUACUUGAAUAAGCGUGUAGCUGCAGAAGAUCUUCAGUAGCACAGAGGUAGAGACCUUUUAGGUGACUAUUCUGCACGGAACUGAGCGCAGUUCUGACUUUCAUAUCCCUUUGCUACCUUCAGAACAUUAGGAAUACAGAGUAAAUACAGAGUACUUUUCAGCAGAGAAGCAGUUCAAUCUUAUAAGGUAUUUAGUGCAUCUGAAGUGUUUACAAAUCGACUAAAAUGGAGAAAAGCAAACUAUUGAACUUAUUUGUAAUUUAAACGCGAAAUGCAAAAAUAUAUACAGAUGAAAGAGGAAUACUGUAAUUAACCUGCAUUUAAUAGUUUAUUUCCUUGACUUUGCAGAGCCUUUUGAUAUACACUUGCAAAGCCGCCUUCGGGGAGGCCCUGUCUCCCCAUGUACUGUGUUGUGGAGAUACUCAAAGGAAACCUGUUUACUGUGUAUGUGUAAAUAACCUGGUCACUUGGUUCUUGGGCCAGUUUCAGCAGACGUUCACAUCCAGAGCAGUUUUGCACAGUAGACAGACCCAAGGAUGUGGAGGGGUUUUUGUAAUUAAGAGCUGUAAAAUAACCAGGGUGCUCCCUGUGUACACCAGUGUAAAUAUCUUUGGUAACUGAAAUGUACUUUAAGAGAACAAAAUCUGUAAAUAAACUGAUUUAUAAAUUAA